AUUCUUGCUUAUUCCUUUUCAGCUUUUUCAAUGUUGCCUUGAUGGCUACACUUUAAAAAUGGAGAAUAUAGCCUGAAGAAUCAUGUUUGCCCUCUUCUGGACAACAGUGCUUUUCUCUUUGAGGGGCUCUAACACCUAUACAGCUGAAUCAUCCUUGGGAAGACCAUUCUGUAUCAAUGGAUACUGCAUUACUCUUAGUGAGGGAGUAAUAACAGCCGAGGCUGGACUCUGUGUUGUGAUACCAUGUUCCUUCAGCACUGCUUCUGGGUUUACACCAAAAAAUAUUGUCUGGUUCAAAUGUGAACCACAGAAAAGAAAAUGUUCGGAAUCUGAUAUAAUAUUUCACACAAACCGCAACAAAGUUCAGCCAGAAUACUUAGGACGGGUUGUGCAGUUGGAUCCUGAUGUGAGUCGGAGGAACUGUAGCAUCUUAAUCAAUGACCUAACCUCAUUUGAUUCUGGAUCAUAUCGGCUAAGAGUUAAUGGUCUUUACAAUGAUAAACCAGAUGGAUUUGCACUCCCUCAAACCACAACCAUCUCUGUUAACGAUCUAAAGCAGAAGCCCACUGUGAUAAAUCUCCCACUAACUGAGGGACAACCGGCCACUUUCAGCUGCACUGCCCCUGGUUUCUGCUCCGGUUCUCCUCCGGAUAUCAGCUGGAUUUGGGGAGAAACUGAUACCAACGUCACAGCAAACAACACUGAUUUAAAAACUGAGAAUCUGACUGAAGUCACACAGAGACACAGCUCUACUCUGACCUUGAACCCUUCAGCUAAACACCACAACAGCAAUAUAACCUGUAAGGUCAGCUUCAAAGAUAGCAUAACUACAGAGGAGACUGUGAAUCUGAAAGUAAACUAUAAAAGAAAACCUCAGAUCACUGGAUAUACCACUGUGAAGACAGGAGAUGCUUUGAAUUUGAGCUGCAAUGUUGAAAGCUUCCCUCCAUCACUUGUUGUAUGGACUAAACAUUCACCAAGUGGAUUUUACUUCCUAAAUGACACUGGAUCAGCAACACUAGUCCUGUCAAAUGUGACAGCUGAGGAUUCUGGUCAAUAUGUCUGCACAGCGACUCACUUGGGCGUCACAGAGUCUGUAUACACUGAAGUAAAGGUGACUUGGUUUUCCAAGAUCCUGGAGGGUUCUGGAUGUGUGCUUCAGUCAGAGCUCCUAACCUGUGUUUGCAUCAGUGAGGGGUUUCCUCCACCCACCAUAUCAUGGCCGCAGCUGAAGAACCAUACCGAGUACUCUGUCCUUAACACAGUGUCAAACUACACUGUCAACACCACGCUCACCAUAUACAGUAAAACCUUCAAUUAUAGCAGUGUUGAAUGCCACAGUAGCCAUGAAAAUGGAGAAGCAAAAGAAAAGCUCACAGUCGAACAAGACUUCUCAGAAAAAGAAGCAGCCAUUAAAUCCAAAACAAUUUUAGGAACAGUUCACUGGCUUGAAGUCACUGUUUCCUUCCUGAUUGGGGUUCUGCUUUCAGCUGCCAUUUGUUGUUUGGCUGCACGAUGCAACAGGAAACAACAGAAGAACUCUGAGAAACUGGAGGAAACAAUGAAGAUGAUCUCUCAGGCAGAUCCACUGGUCGACGAUGUUAAACCAGUUCAGAAUAACCUAACCAAUGUUCAAGAGGAAACUGAGAAUCUUGCCACGGUUACAGAGAAGUCUUCUUUGGAAUUCAGCAGUGGUCCACAAGAUGUGCUUUAUGCCAGUAUUGAUUUCUCUAAACUGAAGAGGAAUUCAAGAGCGGUAGCAAAGAGAGAGAGCACAUUGACAGAAUAUGCGGAAAUUAAACAAGAGUCCAAAGAGCAAAGGAAAGACAGUAGUGAAGAUGCAAGUGAAACAUUGGAGGACAAAGAGGAGGACCUGAUAACAAAGCAAGAUGAGGAAAUAACCCAGUGUGUCUCAGAGGGGGAAGGAGGAGAAGUGGAGGCAGUUUACUCCACUGUGAAAGAUAUUUUAGAGGAGGUCUAAGAACUUUGCUAAUUAAAAUAAUAAAUACUAUAUUAUUCUGUUGCUUGUUACCUUUCUGGAGAGCUUUUCUAUGGCUUGCAGGCCUGGCAGACAGCUGCUGUGCUGUCCUCACCUCUGGGACAUUUGUGAAAUGAAAGAACUGCUUAUUUUGUUAUUCUUUUAACAAUUAUUUGUAUUCUUCAGUAAAAAAAGAUUAACUUUACUUAAACAAUAAAAAGAUCGUACAAUUUCUGAAUUAUUAAAAUUUUAUCAGCUUAUAAAGCAAAAAUUAAACAAAAAAAAUUACUAAGGGUUUGGUUGAAUAUAUUUCAAUUAAUAAGGUAGUAGGAAGCAUAGCUAAUUACCUGAAUAAAUUAUAAAGCAAUUAAAAACAACUGCUGUUAAUGUAUAGAAACAGCAGGACAGUUGUUAAUAUGAUCCCUUCUGACCGAGCAGACUUGUCUUAGUUUUAUUUUACAGAAUAUACAAAGUUGGGCUGACUGGAUGCUACAUUUAGACAACUGUGGUCAGAAAAUGUAUUCUCCUUUUAAUUCCCUUUUACAUAAACUGAUUUUAUGAGGGCUGAUUUUACAUUAUAAAAGCAGUCUUUCAGGCCUUGGAGGCUAUGAGGUGUCUAAGGGAGAGGAGUUGUUUGAUCUAUUAGGGAGUAUUUGGGUUAAAAAUAAUCCUUAUAACAAGCUAGACGUUUUCUCAGGGUUUAUUCAUAAGAUUUUACUGUUUUCUCCAACUGUCUGUAAUUUUUUUCAUUCAUUGUGCUCUGGCAACCUUUGCAGCCUUUCCAUAGGGUUUAAGUUAGUGAGAGGAACUGUUGUCUAACCAGAAUAGGGCAGAACAUCGACCUGGAAGGUUUACUGUCUUGCUCUCUCUUUGCAAAAAGGAUAAUAAAAUGCUGACUGAGUGAAUUACCAUCUAUCUCCUUUAACUGGAUUGCAUAAUUGAAUACUUUUUCCCCACAACAGUCCCUUUCAUCAGUGUAGCUGCACCUAUCACCUAAUAGAGUCACCAUGCCAUGUCAUCAUGUAUAUUUUCAGUAAAAAAUCAAAAAACAUACUGUUACAUUUAUUCAUAGCAAUCUCUGUGUCUUUUCUAGCUUAUCUGAGGGUUCCUGAGUCUACCCCAAUGUUUAAUUACCUUCAA